GGAGGGGCGGGGAGCGGGCGCCGCGAGGGGAGGAGCGCGCCGCCCAGCCUCGCUCUGGCUCGCGGAGUUUGACAGUCCCCGAGCUGAAAUUGUCAGCGGCUGCGAGCGCUGGAAAGUUGAGAGGAGCUCGUGGCCCCAGAACAAAGCUUGAGAAAAACCAUGGUGAAUCCGGGCAGCAGUUCCCAGCCGCCCCCUGUGACGGCCGGCUCCCUCUCCUGGAAGCGGUGCGCAGGCUGCGGGGGCAAGAUUGCAGACCGCUUUCUGCUCUAUGCCAUGGACAGCUACUGGCACAGCCGGUGCCUCAAGUGUUCCUGCUGCCAGGCGCAGCUGGGUGACAUCGGCACGUCCUGUUACACCAAGAGCGGCAUGAUCCUUUGCAGAAACGACUACAUUAGGUUAUUUGGGAAUAGCGGUGCUUGCAGUGCCUGUGGACAGUCGAUUCCGGCGAGCGAGCUCGUAAUGAGGGCGCAAGGCAAUGUGUACCAUCUUAAGUGUUUCACAUGCUCUACCUGCCGGAAUCGCCUGGUCCCGGGAGAUCGGUUUCACUACGUCAAUGGCAGUUUAUUCUGUGAACAUGAUAGACCUACAGCUCUCAUCAAUGGCCAUUUGAAUUCACUUCAGAGCAAUCCACUACUGCCAGACCAGAAGGUCUGCUAAAAGGUCAGAGUAAUGCAGAAUGCGUGCCUUCAUCUCAGAUUUUGUUCAUCGCAGGUGGAUCCCAUGUGUCUUCGGUAGACAAGUCACCUCUGUAGCUAGCACCGUGCCUGCUCCAUGCCAUUGCACCUUCUUUAGUCUUGACUGCCCUUCCCGCAUUUAUUGGUGUAUUAAAAUGACUGAAUAUGAACAUUAAGGACUCCAUGAACCUGGGCUAAUGGGAGACUGUAGAGAAAAUGAAAAAAGAUCCACCGGAGGACAUCUUGGGGGGGAGGGAGUUUAGGGGAGGGAAAUGACUAAUGAAGCUAAUUAAAAGAAGCAUUCAAAUCUGCUUUCUACCCUCAUUAACAAUUAGCAGGGCACCGGCCAGAGUUUGUACCCUGUGUUUUACCUUAACAACAUUCUAUUUGCUCUUGUAUAUUUAAGUGUUGUAAGGAAAUGUGUUUCAAUCAAAACUGAACGUGAGAUAAAGGAAAGAGAUGUGGCUUUUGUGAUAUUCUAUCACAGACACUUAUUGUAUCUCUGUAAAAUACAAUGUAUGUAUGCAUGUAAGUGUUUUUGUCCUAAUGUUGUUACUCCCUUGGCAAAGAUUUAAAAAAAAACAAAAACAAAAACAAAAAAACCAGAGAGAGAAAAAAAUCAGGCUCAUAGCAGCUACUGUGUAGAAAUUCCCCCCUACUUCUAAUUUGCUGAAU